AUGAUAGAGAGCCAGAUCCCGGCCAGAAUGUCAGGAAUCCUUAGGAAUUCAGGGCAAAGCCACCACCCGCCACAGGAGUACAGACUCUUAGCUUCUGACCCCUCCCAGCUGAGGGAAGAUGACCUCCCCAGUGACUUGCAGUCCUUGUCAUGGCUGACAUCUGUUGAUGUCCCUCGGCUGCAGCAGAUGGCCAGUGGAAGAAUGGAUUUCAGCCUUGGUGCCCAGAGCACGAUGCUCCAACAGACAGGUCCCGUGGCAAGCAGCAUGCACUCCACAGGAGCCCCUGGAGCAAUGAUUCAUGUCCAGGCCAGCCUGCCACAGGGCAUCCUGGGCCUGAAUUCCAUUUCAACACAUGGAACAAACAUGAGCCCGUAUGCCGUGGCUGGGCAGCCAUCUCCUGGUUUACAAACACAGCAGCAGCUCUUCCCUCUUCCUCACUCACAGCAAGUGUUUGCCCUAGCACAGAACACGCAGCAGUGUCACCCAGCAGCAAUCUACAACACAUCCUAUGGGUCCCAGCCCCACUAUCCUCAGCCACGCCUGGCUCCUCACUCUGCCCAAGAACUGCAUCCAAAGCAUUAUCCCAAACCCAUCUACUCCUACAGUUGUUUGAUUGCCAUGGCUCUGAAGAACAGCAAAACAGGCAGCCUCCCGGUGAGCGAGAUCUACAGCUUCAUGAAGGAACACUUCCCCUACUUCAAGACAGCCCCAGAUGGGUGGAAGAACUCUGUACGCCACAACCUCUCCCUCAACAAGUGUUUUGAGAAGGUGGAGAACAAACUGAGCGGCACCUCCCGCAAGGGCUGCCUCUGGGCUCUCAACCCUGCCAAGAUCGACAAGAUGGAGGAGGAGAUGCAGAAGUGGAAGAGGAAGGACUUGGCUGCCAUUCACAGGAGCAUGGCUAACCCAGAGGAGCUGGACAAGCUGAUCACAGACAGACCUGAGAGCUGCAGGAGGCCCAACAAGCAGGCAGAGCCCGAGGUCUCCACCCUGAGCCACAUGGCAGCAGCCCACGGCCGCAUCUCCGUCUCCCAGCUGCAGCCCCAGCCCAUCAUGACCCUCUCACUGCAGUCCCUGCACCACCAGCUCCAGACCCAGGCUCGCAUCACCCCUGACUCCCCAGCCCCUGCACAGACCCCUCCUCUCCACACCCUGCCUGACAUGACCCACAGCCCUCUGCCCCACCACCCCCUGGGCCGGGCACCGCCGGACUUCCCCAACGUGACAGCAGACAUGAGCACUGAGGUGGAUGCUCUCGACCCAAGCAUCAUGGAUUUUGCAUUGCAAGGUAACAUAUGGGAGGACAUGAAAGAUGACAGCUUCAGCCUUGAUACCCUGGGUGCCUUCAGCAACUCCCCACUCCACCUCUCAGACUGUGACCUGGGCACCCCUGGCCUCACCCCAGCCUCCAGUGGCAGUGAGCACUCCUGCUCAGACCUGCAGGUCACUGGCCUUUACACCACCUACACCACCCUGGACAAUGUUGCAGCAGCUCAGUACAUGAACCCCCAAGGCAACAAACCCAUUGCUCUGCUUUAA